ACCUCCUAGAAUCAGCAUCACUUGGGAAACAAGGUUCCGAGGUUCAGCACUAUGUAAAAAUUGCAACAAUUAAGACUAAUUCUGAAAUUGAUUUUAAAUAAGGCUGCAGCAGGGUGAAACAUUUGAAUUAUGUCAAAAAUUUCACUUUUAAUCAUCUCAUUAUGCAUUUCCAACUCAUUUUCAAUGGCUCCAUUGAGCUUCGAGGCUAACCCGGAUACUAAACGACUGUAUGAUGAUUUGUUGAGCAACUACAACCGCUUAAUCAGGCCGGUUGUGAACAAUACGGAAACAUUAACCGUCUGGUUGGGUCUGAAGCUAUCGCAAUUGAUAGAGGUUAAUCUUCGAAAUCAGGUUAUGACCACCAAUUUAUGGGUGAAACAGCGUUGGUUUGAUUACAAAUUGCGUUGGGAUCCGGAGGAAUAUGGCGGUGUUGAGCAACUCUAUGUGCCAUCUGAACAUAUAUGGGUUCCGGAUAUUGUACUCUACAAUAAUUGGGACGGCAAUUAUGAGGUAACGCUGAUGACCAAGGCUACCUUAAAGUACACAGGGGAGGUGUUUUGGGAACCACCAGCAAUUUAUAAGUCGUCAUGCGAAAUGAAUGUCGAAUAUUUUCCCUAUGACGAACAGAUUUGCUUUAUGAAAUUCGGCUCAUGGACAUACAAUGGUGCUCAAGUGGAUUUGAAACAUCUAGACCAGGUUCCUGGAAGCAAUCUAGUGCAAAUUGGAAUUGAUCUAAGCGAAUUUUAUUUAUCUGUGGAAUGGGAUAUCCUGGAAGUUCCUGCAACUAAGAAUGAGGAAUAUUAUCCCGAUACUAGAGAACCAUUUUCUGACAUUACAUUUAAGCUAACAAUGCGCCGCAAAACCCUAUUCUACACGGUCAACCUGAUAAUUCCAUGUGUAGCUCUAACAUUCCUCACGGUGCUGGUCUUCUAUUUGCCCAGCGACUCUGGCGAAAAGGUUACGUUAUGUAUUUCUAUUCUUGUGUCUUUGACUGUGUUCUUCUUGCUGUUGGCCGAAAUUAUACCGCCAACAUCGUUGGCUGUACCACUGCUUGGCAAAUACCUCCUAUUUACAAUGAUCUUGGUGUCGUUGUCUGUCUGGACAACGGUCUGUGUCUUGAAUAUCCAUUUCCGGUCACCCUCCACCCACAACAUGUCACCAUGGGUACGUACCGUCUUUAUAACGUUCAUGCCCAAAAUAAUGUUUAUGCAACGAUCGCCGAUCGAAAUGCCCGACUUUAAUAACUAUCCGGAAUACAACGGAUACACCAACGAGAUCGAUGUGAGAGACAGCAUCAGCGACUAUCCGUGUGAGUUUAAAGACGGCCAAGAUGCCACCUAUGACAACGGUGUUCAGCCAUCGAUAGAUUCGGAUAAUGUAAUACCACGACGAUUAACACCAGAAGUUUUGCAGGCAUUGCGCGCAGUCCGUUUCAUAGCCCAACACAUUAAGGAUGCAGACAAGGAUAACGAGAUUAUUGAGGAUUGGAAAUUCGUUUCCAUGGUCUUGGAUCGAUUCUUUUUAUGGACAUUUACGUUGUCAUGUAUCUUCGGGACGUUUGCCAUUAUCUGCCAAUCACCAUCGCUCUACGACACACGUCUGCCAAUCGACCGUCAGCUGAGCGAGAUACCGCUGAGGAAGAAUAAUUUUAUGUUGCCGCCGGACAUAGUGCGUCAAACCGUUAAUUAAAUUUUAAGUCUCCAAACGUCAACAAACACACACACACUCACACACAGACCCAAUGUGAUUGUCAGAUUAUCAGAUUGGAAUGAUGUGUGCUGGGGGAGCACUUUGGUUGUAAUCGAAAAAUGAACUGCACGAAGAUUCGAAAAGCCGUUCAAAUAUUGUGACAUCAGCAUUAAAAAAUGUAACCAUGGCAGUACGAUUCUAUUCCUGUAACAAUCUUGGCUCGAAGUACACGAAUAAAUGACAAAAACAACAGUAAAAAGAACAAGAACAAGCACAACGAUGCCGAUGAGACAUUUGACAUAAACUCGAAUGUUCCCGCUUGCUAAUAAAAUAGUGAAUUUACACACAUAGAACACUCAAACACACACACACACACACAAAAGUUUAUUAUAGAAGUACGUAAAUACCUAUUAUUAAGUAAAUCUGUGAAUGUAUGUCUCUGCGAUGUUGCGAUGUAUAUUAGGUUGUAACGAAUAGGGAAAAGCAAACACACCCACACACACACACACAUAUUGACAGUGACUUCAUUCAAAUGUUACAACAUUAAGCUCGAAAGACUACUGAGAGAAUUAUUUCAAAUGCAAGACACCGAAUUGAAAAUAAACCGGCUGUCACUGCGUGAAAUACCAUCAAACGGAAUUCCAGUUCGAACCAUUGGAUAAAAAAUUCAAAUCGCAAAACCCACGAGUUUCAUCCCCCUUGCUUUAUGCGCUACAGCCUAAUAUACACAAUUAACAACUACAACAACAACAAUCACACAUGUAGUUAAGGCUCUGAGCUAUUAACAAAAACGAAUGAAACAUUUUCCAUUGUUCAACUUCUUUGCAUUGAAUAAAAGUUAAAUAAUAGAAAGCUAACAAUUGUGAAUUGAAAACAAUUUAA